GCUUGGUUCAUCCUAUCUGACACCACCUCCCAUUCUUUAGCUAUAUAAAUUUAAUUGUACAGAUGUUACUCUCGUGCUCUGGCCGGAACACAAACGCAUUGAAUACAGGAAUAUCCUGCCGCAAGGGUUAUGCUGUUACAAAUACAGGCGCAUACACAGUAACCCCAGGUGACAGACAAUGGUUACAUGGAUAAAGGUCGAGCAAAUCUAAAAAAAGCAAUUGUGCUACCUGUGAAAGGGGCCGAUAGCCUGACGAGGCUUCCGCUACCAUUACUGUGGGGUUGAUGCUUGCAGAGUCCGAGUCUUGCUCACAAAAAUCAUGACUAAGGCGGACAUUGAUCUGUGGAAUGGGCAGCUCAGCCGAGCCGCUAACCACAUUGAGGGCAACUCCAACUAAAAGUAUGGCACCGUAGCUGGUGCAAUCAUCUUUUUCCUGCACCGAAGUGCGAACAUGUGCUUGCAUUGAUGCACAAAUAGCACAACAGCCCAUCUCCAUAAGUCUGAGACUCUGGGACAUCAGAACAAUGGCUGACGCUCCCAAGUCAGAUGGCGCUCCAUCCGGCACUCCGCCGAAACCGGCAUCCAAACCAAAUCCAGCAUUUCGCAUGAUGGGUAUGCCAAACUUCAAAUUUAAACUGCCCUCACGAAACUGGCUUAUAUUUCUCGGCGUCACCGGGUCCUGGACUGCCGCUGUAUUGUACGACAAACAUCAAAAGAAAAAGGUGCAAAAGAAAUGGUGCGAUCUGGUGGCUCACCUCGCCGAGGAUCCGCUGCCUACCAAUUAUCUGCGAAGGAAACUGACCAUAUUUCUGGCCGCUCCUCCCGGAGACGGCGUCCGACCUUCUCGGCAAUAUUUCAAGGAAUACGUCAAGCCAAUCUUGGUUGCCGCGGCGCUUGAUUAUGAUGUGAUUGAAGGGCGCAAAGAGGGAGAUGUCCGAUACGGAACAGCUGAACAAAUACGCCGACUUCGCCGAAAACUAGGCGAGAAGUCAUCUCGAUCAGCGGAGGAAGAUGCGCUAGAUAAGGAGAAGGUGGUGGACGAAGUACGGGAAAAGCUGCACGUGGUCCCCGAGCCAGGAAUUCGUGGUGAUUUAGUUCUCGGCCGGCACACAUGGAAAGAAUAUAUCAGAGGAGUACAUGAAGGAUGGCUUGGUCCUAUUGACGAACCCCCGCCUCCAGCCGAGCCAGAACCCGAGCCAUCACCCAUACACCCUCCCACCGAGGCUCGAACCGACAACCCUGCCGCUACUACUGAGGAUCCGGAAGUGACCAAGAAGUCGGACGAUCAAGAGAAGAAGACAGAAGAGGAAAAGAAGGAAGAGAAGAAGAAGCCGUAUCCGCCUCCUGCAUACUUGUCUACCGAACAAUACCCGUCAAGCACGUUAUCACCGUAUACUCCAAAUGUUCUCGAGCCAUCGCAGCCUAUACAUCAGCAGCAUCUUCUCGGGUUCCUCAAAUUUCCUCAACGAAUAUACAACUUCCUCAACCGCCGUCAUCUAGCAGACCAGGUCGGUCGCGAUACGGCAGCUAUUGUUCUAGCCGCACACAGACCAUACCAUCGCGGACCAGCUGUUAGCACGACAGAUUCAGAUCUUGAAGCCGAUCCACUGCCCACGAGAGCGCCGGAGAAUGACGCGGCUGCUUCGUCGCGCCAAAGCUGGGAGCAACAGACGGUACUUGCAGAUGAAGAGCGGACGUGGCAUAAAUCCGUUCGAAAACCCGCAAAGGAAGGUGACACCACUGAGCGAGUCUGGCUGAAUGAUAUUGUCAUUGACAACCGCAUUGGGGAGCGCAUGAGGAGGUUCGAACUUGACCCUGAGGAAGAGGCAAGGGCGAACAGGAUUGCCAACGGGGUCGAGAAGCCGCAGUCUCGUUAUGUGGGUGAUGAGGAGUGAAGUGGCAGCAUUGUAUUGAAAACUCUCUUCACCACAGACUGAAGCACGUAUCAACUGCCAGGCCAUCCCCGAAGAGGGCCUGGGAUGUCCGCAUUGGGUACAAGUCGCGCACUGAGUGGGCCCCCACAAUUUCAGGGCUUCCACGUCAGCGUACACAGCUACCCAGCGGGUUUCGCUUGGCAACCACCUACUCGACUCCAGUUCCGAGCGAUGAAUCCUGCGCUAUGCUGGCCUGGCGCAGACCCAUUGCGUCGACACUAGAGGUUAUCCCCUCCAAGAAAGGACGAGGCAUACCCUAGGGUACAAAUUCCUCCAUGGUCUCAUGGAUAGUAACACGGCCCCGACAGCCUCUGCUCUCCACUCGGCUCAUGUGAAAGCAUCUACAGUACCUUACGCUUGUCAUGGACAAGAGCCAAAACGCACAACCAAGUGCACAACUGUGGACCGUUAUUGUCUCAAAUGUUAUUACACACUGUUGGAUAUCAUGCAGAACACAAUCUGUACAAUAUUAUAUUUUUCAUCUCUGUGUUGGACAUACCAUCUAUCAUUCUCAAGUUCUCUGCUAGAUCAUCAUCUUCUUCAAGUUCUACGUGAUCCAUUGAGAGAUCACGAAGAGACAGACUCGGACUUCGAGACCGAACCCGGAAACGGCUCAACUCUAACCACCACAUCAUGUCUUCUCGUCCCAUCCGGCGCAUCGAGAUCAAGAAAAUCUCCCCAAGGACGCAUCCCAUCCAAAAUUUCCGUCUGGCGCUUUUUGAACCGCUGGCCAUCACGCGUGAUAUACAUUGGUGGUGCAGAACCACCACUGCCUCGGGCGUCAUUGAUGGAGUCCUCCUGACUCUCACUGUUAUGAUUGUUGUUCUCGACAUCAAUAUCAUCAACAUCCCAAUUUCCCCAUUCAUCCCAAUCCUCCUCCUCUUUGUUGAAGUUGUCGUUGUCUGUCCCCCUUGUCUUUGAAAUCGGUUCAACGGGAUCAUAUUCGGGAGAUUCGUAGACGAGUUUGAACCGAAGGGCAGGCAGACCGAAAUGGUUCGCGACCAGCGAUUUCAGCCGAUAUACUGAUAUCGUGGUAGGUAAAGGGCGACGGAAUGUUUGACCAGUACUACUGACAUUCGUAGUAUGAGGAUGAUGAAGUUGUUCAGAAGAUGCACUACUGUCCUGUACUGGUAUGUAAAAGACAGUAUCGACGAGGCGCGAACCCAGCGUUCCAGGAGCAUAAGACUUGAGGUCCAAACUAGCUGCCGUUUCCGGCGAUGCGAGUGGCGAUGCUCGCGCUGCUGCUGAUGGUGAUAGUGAUGGUGGCUUCUUUUCUUUCAACCGCUCUAAAAAACGCUCGAGAAUAUCGUCUCGGUCAUGUUUUGCACACAGGGCAGAAUAGCGAGGAUGUCGGCGACGAGCUAGGUCGACCGGAUCUUUGCUGGUACAGGAGCCUUGUUCUUCCAGAAUCUGUUUGAUUUCUUUCUCGGCCACAGACAGAUAGUAUAUCUCCCCUUCUUCUCGGUCCCGGGCCGUAAUGGUAGAGUAGUUGAGAGACUUUAAUUGCGGAAUGCGCGCCAGAGUUAAAUAGUAGGAAGUGGAAUCGGGCAGUAAUGAUGGUGCCGGCGCCACGGCUGGCACCGCUGGGUGCGAUGAUGUUAAUGUUCGCGAAUCAAUAUGAUCGGAAUUCUUCUGCCCACCGCCGUCGUAAAGAGGAUUUCGGGAGAUACGUAAGGAACUCAAAU